UUUGUUAAGCCCGCCCUUUCGUAUUGUUAAGGCGGGAGCGCGCCUGGCGAGCUCUUUCAAGGCUGCGAAAAUGGCGAGCUUGAGAGCUAAGAGCUUCUCACAAGCUCUCGUUCUUCCAUUCAGGAGGCUUUUGCUUAGAGAAUCUUGCAGCAAGCUGUUCGUUGGGGGUCUUUCGUAUGACACCAAUGAGAGUGUUCUCAAGGAUACUUUUGAAAAGUUCGGUGAAGUCAUCGAAGUUAAAGUGAUCUGUGAUCGAAACAGUGGAAAAUCAAAAGGUUUUGGCUUUAUCCAAUUUUAUUCUGAAAGUGAAGCGAUGGCUGCCCUACAUAAUAUGAAUGGUCAGUCAUUGGAAGGAAGGAUUAUACGUGUGCAUUAUGCAAACAAAGGAUGAGGAGAAGUACUGUUGUUGGUCAUCCAAGUGUUUGAGUUGUUUCAGAUAUGAUUUUGGCAAAUACACUGAAGUUCAAUAUCUCUUCUUUUCAUCUGCCAUUCUCAGGUAAAUCAAACCAUUCAAUUGUGAUCAACAUAUCAUAACACUUGUGAUGUGUUAAAUGGCAUCAGAUUUUAUUAUUCUAUGUUGUGCUUUUGUGUUAAGUUGAAACUAUGGUCCAUACUUGAUGAACUUGUAUGUGGAAAAUGAAUGCUGUUAAACACUAAAACAGAGGCUCAACUUGUGAAAUAUCAUAAGUGGUAGCAAUGACUAGAAAAUAAACUGCCAUAAAUUUAUAGUUAAGCUUUUAUUCCUUUAUAAAACCUCACAACAUUAGAAUUGCUUGAAUGAUAAAGGCCCAAGAUGAUAAUAGUCAGUCGCUAUCGUGCUCAAAUUUAACUUUUACCAAGUUUCAUUGUCUUCUAUGGAUUGAAAGUCAUUUU